CGUGAGCCACCGCGCCCGGCCCCACAGAAGUCUUACUAGCCUUCUCCUGGGCUCCCAGGGUAGAGUCCGGGCUGGGGAGGCUAGUGCCUCGGGCUCCCUGCCUGAUGGCGGCCCUGAGGUCACAGGGACCGGGAGCCCUCACUGUCCCCCGCCCUCCCAGGUGCCGAGCAGAGAGAUCGACAAGGCAGAGGGCAAGUUCUGGACACACUGGAACCGGGAGACCAAGCAGUUCUUCCUCCAGUUCCACUUUAAGAUGGAGAAGCCCCCGGCUCCACCCAGCCUCCCCGCCGGCCCCCCUGGGGUGAAGCGGCCUCCGCCUCCGCUGAUGAAUGGUCUGCCCCCUCGGCCACCGCUGCCUGAGUCUUUGCCACCGCCCCCACCAGGAGGCCUGCCUCUGCCACCCAUGCCCCCCACAGGGCCUGCGCCCUCAGGGCCCCCGGGACCACCCCAGCUACCCCCGCCAGCUCCAGGGGUCCACCCCCCGGCCCCAGUGGUGCAUCCCCCUGCAUCUGGGGUCCCCCCAGCUCCUGGCGUCCACCCCCCUCCUGGCGUCCAUCCCCCAGCCCCCGUCCACCCACCAACCUCUGGGGUCCACCCCCCAGCUCCCGGAGUCCACCCUCCAGCUCCCGGGGUUCACCCACCAGCCCCUGGAGUCCACCCACCAGCCCCUGGGGUUCACCCACCAGCCCCAGGGGUCCAUCCUCCCCCAUCAGCGGGGGUUCACCCCCAGGCUCCGGGGGUGCACCCAGCAGCCCCCGCUGUUCACCCUCAGGCCCCAGGUGUGCACCCACCAGCCCCAGGGAUGCACCCUCAGGCCCCAGGGGUCCACCCCCAACCUCCUGGGGUCCAUCCGUCAGCUCCUGGGGUCCACCCUCAGCCUCCUGGAGUUCACCCCUCAAAUCCUGGGGUACACCCCCCAACUCCCAUGCCCCCAAUGCUGAGGCCCCCACUCCCCUCCGAAGGCCCAGGGAACAUACCUCCCCCUCCCCCAACCAACUGAGAAGCUGCUCCCUCCCCCAACAAGCCCAGCGCCAGGUGCUCUUGCCUUUUCCCACUGAGAGAAGGCUGCUCUUUUGUACUGCCCUCCGCUCAUUAAACAGCCUCCCCCAGC